ACUGUGGAAAUUUGUGCUGGAGAUUUGCCACACCCAAUAUGGCGGUCGGGCAUUGCCACUCAAAUGUCCGUCUGGUAGGCUGUUGCGUUCGCAGUUUGAAUUUGCCUGGAAUGAUCCGGAAGUGAGUGCGGUUGUUAUGGAGAAGCAUUUCCCCUGGGAGAAAAGAGUGAGGGGAGGGUGAACGAGCGAGAGUGGGAGUGAAGAGAAGACAAGACGGGGAAACCGGGAAAGAAAGACUGGAAGAGAAGGAACACGUACUGUAAGCUGCAUUUCCAGGGUGGAUACCUGUGGAAUUUGACCUGGAGAGAGGACAAGUCUUCACGAGCAGAACAUUUGAAGAAGUGUGUGGGAUUGAACUGACUUUCAUGCAGGUCAGGAGAGGAGAGCAGAGCACAGCAGUACACGUUCCUCCUCUUUGACUGGGCGUUGAAGCUCAAGAGAUCCAUCCAUAAACGUCCUUGUCUAAACUUACCAGCUGGUUUCUGUCAUACAGUUUUUUGAAGCUUCUGUCACUAGAAAUAAUAGCAGCCCAGUUUGGCCAAGCUUCAAACUCCCUCCCUUCAAUGUGGGGGAGGUUCUUUCCUCUGUCUGUAGCCAAGCUAAGCAGUGAUAAAGUACAGUUCAGCAUUCUUGCUGUGCUCUGUGUGUAGCAGGAUCCUUCAGUCACACACUCCAGACAAUCCGUGCUUGGAGAUGAUGCUAAGGAUACCUUAUGGCUGAGCUCGGAGCUGAAUGUAAACCCAGGAUUUAAGGAGGAUUUUAGUAGAGGAAUAACAACUAACUCUACUGGGAAAGGUGUUGUGAAGGUGUUCUCUAGUUUUUUUUGUUUUGUUUUAUUUAAUGUAUUUAUUUAAUUUUUGAUCCGCAUUCUGACAUUUUAAUAUUCAUUCUGACAACUGGGUGCUCAGCACAGCGAAUGCAUGUUUUGAUUUCUUUAGAGAAACAAACAAUGAGGUGAAUUGAGCUGGAGUGGACCUCAACAGUUAUCCCAAGAACUGUGUGUCCGAGACUGAAUUCUGUGCAAAUAUAUACUCUAUAAAGUGACAAAAUUGGAACUUGGCAAUUACACAAGCUCACCAGGAGGAGGCAGUCAUCAGAGUUUCAUUUUUUCAGGAGAACCUGCCCCCAUGAGGGAAACCAGCUCAGGUCUGAUUUAAGGUGCAGAGGUCAGCUGUCGGUAUAUCUCCCUGUGUUGGAAUUUAUAUUUGGUUCCCGGAUCUCCGCAGCACUCUGAAUAGCGUGAAUGAUUAUUUAAACCCUUUAUUCCCCUACUCUCGUUAUUGUGUGCCUACACACUGAACACAUAGAGAAGUUGCACCAGAGUACUGUUGGUGCUGUUCCUGCUGGUUAAAUCAUGACUCCUGCCUGUAGAUGUGGGCCAGUUUCGGACAGGUUUGCCGUGUGAGGGAUGUGUGUUGCAGAGUGAGACGGAGAGAGAGUGAGACGCCAUGACGGAACACGCAGAGCUGUUGGCCGAGAUGCCGGCGGUGGGUCGCAUGACGACGGCGGAGCGGCUCAAACACGCGCAUAAAAGGCGCACACAGCAGCUGAAGACCUGGGCACAGAUGGAGAAGGAGGCCCCGCACAGGAGCAGAGGGGGGCAAGGCGGCAAACAGGGGCGUCGCAUCACCUUCCCAAACUAUGUGACCCUGCUGGAAGCUGCAGCCAGGAAUGACCUUGAGGAGGUGCGUGAAUUCCUGAAGAAUGGGGUCAGUCCAGACCUGUACAAUGAGGAUGGUCUUACUGCACUGCAUCAGUGCUGUAUCGAUGAUUUCGAGGAGGUUGUGCAAGCGCUGGUGGAUGCGGGGGCCAACGUGAACGCGUGUGACAGUGAGCUGUGGACCCCGCUGCACGCCGCCGCCACCUGUGGACAUAUGGGCCUGGUCGAGAUGCUCAUCAAACAUGGUGCGAACAUGCUGGCAGUGAACGCAGACGGGAACAUGCCUUACGACCUGUGUGAAGAUGAGGUCACCCUAGACUACAUUGAAACAGCCAUGGCUAACCAGGGUAUCACACAGGAGAGGAUAGACGAGUGCCGGUCCUCCAGGGAAAGGCAGAUGGUAGCUGACAUCAGGGCUCUGAUCCAGGCUGGGUCUGAUCUCAACGCGCAGGAUGAUAACGGAACGUCACUGCUGCACAUUGCCGCGGCUAACGGUUACCAGAGAACAGCUGAGCUGCUGCUGGAGCACAAGGCAAGAGUGGAGGUGCGAGACAAUGAUGGCUGGAGCCCACUCCACGCUGCCUCCUGCUGGGGACAGAUCCAGAUUGUGGAGCUGCUGGUUGCUAAUGGAGCCAACUUGAAUGCAAAAUCUGUCUUGGAAGAGACACCACUAGAUGUGUGCUCGGAUGAGGAGGUGCGAGCCAGGCUGCUGGAUCUGAAGCACAAACACGACGCCAUCAUGAAGUCCCAAGACAGACACAAGAGUGCCCUGCAGAGGAGGGCCUCCAGUACGGGGAGCAGAGGGAAGGUGGUCCGUCGCGUCAGUGUGAACGAACGUUCAAAUCUGUACCGCCGUGAGCAUGAGAAGGAAGCCAUCGUGUGGCAGGAGCGUGGCCGACAGCCGGAACCGCAGGACGAUGAUGAGGACAGACAGACGGACGCAGAGCUCCGGCAGCACUCCUCAAGCUCUGGUCCAGACCCUCAAGAUGAGCCAGCACAGAGGGAGAGCAAUGGAGGGAAGAGAGAGCCGAGCGUGGGGAACGGAUCUACAUCCUCUGCCUUGCCCAUGGAGCCGCGAGGGAGCCGGCUGGACCGCAGCGCCUCCUACCAGCUGGCCACGGAAGAGCCGGCGGAGGGGGACCUGAGCCGGGAGAAAUCCCACCACACCCUGGCAGACCUGAAACGGCAACGUGCCGCUGCCAAGCUAUACAAACAGCCCUCUACCACCGGGGACAACAGUCAGGACCUGCCUCCCCUGGAGCCCCCCCAGGCAAGCACGGAACCCAGCACAGUCCACUACACCCCCUCCAGCACAGACCCCCCCCUGCUCAAACUGAGAGCCCCUGAAGAGGAGCACCCGCCAGAAAAGCAGCGCUGCUGCUACCUGAUGUAACUCCACAGCUCUUCAAGACACUGCUUCACACCAGAUCCUCUCUGUACUGUGCUUUCAAGAGAAAGGUAUCGCUGUCCUCGCAUAGGUUCUUAACCUGCUGGGAUGAACACAGGAGAGCUUGCUCCAGACACUGUUCUCUGUGCUGUAAUGAAAAAGAUUGUUAACUUACUGGGAAGAUUGAGAAAAAUAUCACAGACCACAAAGGUCUUUACUGGUGGGGGUGGGGAACGAUACACUAAUGUGACAAUACAUAUCCCGAAACUUGUGUUGGUCCAGAUGGGCUUCUUGUACGACGCAUAAGAUCAAAUGAUCAUUUAAUGAUGGACUAUGUUAAACAAUAAACAUUUAAAUGAGAUAUUCAUAUACCAACUAUGAAACACACUUAAUUCAAGAAUGAUUUGAUGAACUACAAUGUCAUGGAUUGUCUAUGCUCAGGUGAGCUCUGGUUAGCUCCGGUGAGGUCAGGUGUGUCUGUCGGGGUUCAUAGUAAACCGUGGGGUAGCAGCAUUUGUUGGUGGGUUCUUGGUGGGUUAUUGAUGCUGCAAUUUGACCAAUUAUCUAUCUGAAAGAGUUUAUAAAGUUGUAUAAUGUUAUAUUGAUGCGUAAUCAAGUUUUCUAAAUGCAAUAGCUUCUGCCUUCUAUUUAGCAGGAAGAAGUGGUUUGCUACCCUGUUGUUUUUAUAUAUGUUGAUCAGGAUUAACACAUUUCUAAUGCACAGACGAAUUGCAUAUAAGCGACACUUUACAGAUGUAGUUGAUCUGAACUGUGCGCUGCGGAAAUGCUGCUUGAAUCUGGUUGAACUUUCAGUCAGAUUUGUUUUGGGGGAGGUGGGGGGCAGUUGGUGGCAGAUUGGUUUUCUUAUGUAUUAUUGAGGCUUUCGUAAUAAAGCACUGGGGAGACAAGGUUAGGGGUUUCAGUACUUCAGAUCUGAGGACUGGGGAAUCAGAUAUGUUGGGAUCUUUAAAACCAGCAACUUACAUCUGAUUUAUAAUCCAGCAAACCUAAAGCUCUACACCUAAAACCAGCUACUUUAAUUCAGUGAACUCAGUAAUAGGAUUCAAGAGCCAGGGAACUCGGUGCAGGUAUGAGUACAGAAUUCAAAGCGCUAGUGGUAAAGACGGGAUGUGAAGGCUACCAAUUCAGUACAUGAGAGUCUGUGUGGUAUAGGGGAUCAGAGAGCCAGCACAUUCCAUUCACUCAGGAGAACAAGAAUACAUAUGAAUGAGGGGUGGCCAUCUUGUCUGGUUCCGAGUAGCUGAUUGAUCUUAAAGGAGCCCAAUGAUUCGGCAUUAACAGUAUGGCUAGAUUGCCCCUUUCCAUCCACUCAACCCUCUCUGUCUUAAGAAGUGUGAACUCUAGCCAUCAAAUGACUGCUCAACAAUAUCCCUAAACUGUAUCUAAAACCAGUUUUUCUCAGCCUGUGCCACGAAUCCUGUCUCUUUGAGUACCACCAGCAUUGGCCUUUUCAGGUUCCCUGCAGUGCGGAGUAGAGCUUUGCCAGCUUAGAAUGGAGCCUCUCUAAUUCCAGGAGCGUUACUCUGUGUUCAAGAAUUGAUCUGUUAAGGAUGAUGCUUUCUGGGUUAGUGGGUACUCAUGGAUUCCACUUGGACUUAUUUAUUUGACUGAGUGUGAAAAAAUUAAGAUAUUCAUAGUUCUAGAAAAAUUAUAGAAUUGUUUUUUUAUCAUAAAUUAUUAGUUGUAUUUGAAUAUUUUAAUACAGGAGAUAUUCUGGUUUCCAUGGAUGUGAUUUUUGUUUUUUAAAUAGAAUAAAAUUUAAUUAACUAGAUAGGGUAUAAUAUACAGUAGAACUGUUUAACUUCUUAUGAGAAAGAUCUGAUGAUUUGAAAAAAAAGAAUGUGUUUUUAAAUCCGUGAAGCCUUGCAAAAUUAAAAAUCAAAUUCAAAAAGCAUGGACUCAUUCAUGUUUUUAAUUUAAUUUGAACUUACUGUAAUAGUCAUUGAUUAGAUAUGAUAUAUGUAGCAAAGUUAUUACAAUAGUCAUUGUACGUGCAGUGUGUGUGUGUGUGUGAUUAUAAUAUAUAUAUAUAUGGAGAGGAGGCAUAUAGUGGGAAACUGGUCCCCGAGGAAAGAACUAUAGUUACCAACAGGGGACUGUACUGCCCGAAGCCACAGGCUUUAUUUUCCCACUAUGAGCGCAUAGUUAAAGUUUUUUUGGCACAGAACUGUCCAUCAGAAAAAACUGAAAGCAAAGUUUUUGUGACAUGUUAGUGUUUGCAACAUGUUUGUUUUGUAGUAUAUGUUGUAAUUCAUUUUCUGUUGUCUGCCAUUUUGCUUUGUUGUAUGAAGAGAGGAAAGACGCUCAGCGUGAUGACGUAAUUUGAGGGAGUUUAUAAAAAAAAAAACUUGACUGUAAACAGCAUCAUGGGGGCAAUAGUGGAUCUAUUUUUGAUCAUGUGGUAAGGUUUUAACCAAUCACAUGCCAGAAUGUCUAAGGACUGAUUCAUAUAUACAUACAUACAUACAUACAUACAUACAUACAUACAUAUGAGAGGGCUCAGAAAAUAACUUUCAUAUUUGUACUGUGAAAAAAAACAGUUCUACAGUAUUAACC